AUGCAAAGACGGUAUGACGAUUUCUUCAUGGAAGAAUCCCUCACUUCUGAUUUAACAGAAGAGCAAAGUAAGCAGCUCCAUGACCUGCUGGGGAAUGUGGAACUGAGUCUUCUCUACAAAGCUUCUGUUCAUGGAUAUAAAGCUUCUGCCUUCCACAAGCGAUGUGACCGUGAGGGUCCCACCUUACUUGUAGCCUACAACCAUUCAGACUACAUCUUUGGUGGAUACACUAGUGUAGAUUAUACUCGAAACGAGCAGUAUAUUACUGAUGAGGAGGCUUUCUUGUUCAGCUUUCAAGGCAAGUUCCCUGUCUACAUUAAAGUAAACAGUGGACAUUAUGCACGUUAUGGCAAUGCUGGAAUGCCCAACUUUGGCCAACAGUUGUAUUUUUGCAAAAAUAACCAACCAGUUGUGUAUAUUCGAGGAGGUAAAUCAUUCAGUUUUAAUGCUGAAAGAUUCUAUGGGAACGACACUGUGCUGACUGAAUGUGAGGUCUACAAAGUGAAGCAGAACCUUCAGACCAAGGAGAAGCCAUGGAGGAAUAUUCGGUGGACAUCUAUACGAAGAGAUGAGCUCAUGCAAAUGAUGAGGGAUCAUAAACCCCUGGUGACGUCUGUCAGCCGUGUUCGAAUCCUAAUGAUCGGUCCUGUAGGUGCUGGAAAAUCCAGUUUCUUCAACUCCAUCAACUCCAUCUUCGCUGGUCAUGUGACCAACAAAGCCAUGUCAGGAUCUGCAGGCACUAGUCUCACCACACAGUUUCGCACAUAUCCAGUGAAAGACGGUCGUGAGGGAAAGCCGUUGCCAUUUGUGUUGUGUGACACCAUGGGACUCGAGGAGCAAUCAGGUGCAGGACUGGAUAUUGAGGACAUCAGCAGCAUUCUUCAAGGUCACGUACCAGACCGCUAUAAAUUUAACCCCAUGGUACCUUUUCAACCUGAUGAGUAUAAGGCCUCCAGACCUGCAUCUCUACAGGAGAAGAUCCACUGUGUGGUGUAUGUGAUAGAUGCCAGCAAAAUCUCCCUCAUGUCUGACAAACUAGAGGAAAAACUUGCUGUGAUACACAGAGAAAUAAGCUCACUGGGCAUUCCCCAGAUGGUCUUGAUGACAAAAGUAGAUGAAGCAUGUCCUUAUGUAGAGAAAGACCUUUACAUAAUUUAUCUCAAUUCCUACAUCAAGUCAAAGGUGCAGGAGGUGAGCUCUCGGUUGGGUGUGCCGGUGUCUUGUGUGUUACCGGUGAAGAACUACAGUCAGGAGCUGGAGCUGGAGCUCAACUGUGACAUUCUGCUUCUUGCUGCUUUACAGCAGAUGCUUCGCUUAGCAGACGACUAUCUGGAUGAUGUUGAUGUAAUUUAG